AUGAAUGUUUCUGCGCAAGGACUGCUUAUCCUCAACGCUAGUUUCUCUGCCAAAUUCUCCUUCCGAGGGUUUCGUAGGUUGUCUGUUGUUCCACGUUUGCAACAGUGUCGAGGGCUGAGAAGGGGUUUCUCCAAAAGCAUGGCUUGUAGUGUGGAAAAUUGUGGUAUGGGUAGUGGGGUGGUUCAUCCAGCCACAGAUGCUUAUGCUGGAGAGGCAGUUGAAGCUUUGAAAGCUGGGAAAGUCAUUGCAGUACCCACUGAUACACUCUACGGAUUUGCCUGUGAUGCUUGCUCAUUGGAAGCGGUUAACAGGAUUUAUGAGAUCAAAGGCCGUAGACAUACAAGCCCUUUGGCUAUUUGUGUUGGUGACGUAUCAGAUAUAGCCCGAUUUGCUGUCACUGACCAUUUACCUCAUGGUCUGCUUGAUUCCCUCCUACCUGGACCUGUUACAGUUGUACUAAAACGAGGAGAGUCAAGUGUUCUUGAACGAUCUUUGAACCCAGGAUUGGAUAGUAUAGGAGUUAGAGUGCCUGAUUGCAAUUUCAUCAGGACCAUUGCCCGUGGUUCAGAAACUGCCCUAGCCCUCACCAGUGCAAACCUAAGUGGACAGCCAAGUAGUCUUUCCACCAAAGAUUUUGAAAACCUCUGGGAACACUGUGCUUUUGUUUAUGAUGGUGGUUUGAUUCCAUCAAGUCGUGCAGGUUCUACAGUUGUGGACCUUACUACACCACACAAAUACAGGAUACUUAGACCCGGAAGUGCUAAGGAAGAGACAGUUGCCAUCUUGGAGAAGCAUUCUUUCGUUGAGGCAAUGACCUCUUAA